CCAAAUAGAGUCUUUAAUCUUUAUAAAUAGCCUCAUUCUUUCAAACAAAUACACCAUCCCUUCAUUCAUACCUAACUUAUCAUUCAUCUUUAUUAGCUUAAUUUGAAAAUGAAGGAUAAGUUCUAUGGCUCCAUUCUUCAGAGCGAAGCCCUGGCUAAGUAUAUUCUGGAAACAAGUGCCUAUCCUAGAGAGCACGAACAACUCAAAGAGAUAAGGAAUGCUACCGUCGAUAAAUAUAAAUUUUGGAGUCUUAUGAAUGUGCCGGCUGAUGAGGGCCUGUUUAUUUCUAUGCUUUUGAAAAUUAUGAAUGCGAAGAAGACUAUCGAAGUCGGAGUUUUUACCGGUUAUUCGCUUCUCUCCACAGCUCUAGCUCUUCCCGAUGACGGCAAGAUAACCGCGAUCGACCCGGAUCGGGAAGCCUACGAAAUUGGAUUGCCAUUUAUUGAAAAGGCAAACAUGGCUCACAAAAUUGAGUUCAUCCAGUCGGAUGCUUUGAGUGUCAUGAAGGAACUCCUCUCCAAGGGUGAGGAAGGGACAUUUGAUUAUGCAUUUGUUGAUGCGGACAAAGAGAACUACAUCAACUACCACGAACAACUGCUGAAGCUGGUUAAGGUAGGAGGAAUUAUAGCCUACGACAACACGUUGUGGUCCGGCACCGUCGUCGCGGCGGAGGAAGACGAGAUGGAUGACUUCUUGAGGGGUUGCAAAGAUCAUAUCAUUGCUCUCAACUCAUUUCUAGCUGCGGAUUCUCGCAUUGAAUUGGCCCAACUUUCAAUCGGAGAUGGCCUCACUUUGUGCAGGCGUCUCAUCUGAUUAUUUCCCCUCCUUUUUAUUUAAAUAUUUACAUCAUAUGCAACUCUAAUUUUAUCUCGCCUUUUUUAUAUCUCUAUCUCUAUACAAAGGUUUCAUUUCUUUGGAACUUUUACCAAUGUAAUUUGUUUUUUUAAAGAAACGUGACUCCUUCGAUUA